CAAGAGAAAGAGAACGAGAGAGAUAGGGUCGGCAAUGGAAACGGCGGCAUCACAAAGGAGUUUCUCUUGGAACGAUCCCUCGGAUUAGUGGCUGCGUUUCUUGAUCUCUCUGUAGCUUUCUCGCUGCUUUGCGCCUCGUCUCUCGUUUAUUUAACCUCGAAGCUCCUUGGUGUAUUCGGUUUGAGCCUCCCAUGCCCUUGUGACGGCCUGUUCAGUGACCCUCGUAAGAGCAAGUGUUUCCAAGAGAGUUUAGUGAAUCUCCCUGUGAAAAGGAUCUCUUCUGUUCAAGGAUGUGUGAGAAAGAGAACACCUUUUGAUUCAAUCCUAUAUAAAGAAGCAAAUUUUGGUGGAAAGAAGAGAAAAGGAGAGCGUAGGGAUGUUGAGCUUGAACGAGAGGUCUUUUGUACUUCUUCUGUGAAUGAGGUUGAGAGUGCGUCGGGUUUCGAUCUUUUGACCUCGCAGAGUUUGAAGAAAGGAAGCUUUAAGAUUAAGAGUAAGCGGCUUAGCUUCCAUAGGUCCCCUUAUGGUCUCAAGAACCAUUGGCAAAGUAGUUUAGAGAACAAGAACUCUCCGCAAUCUCCUAAAGAUCCUCUUCUUGUUAACUCUGAAGCCUUGGAGGAAGUUUCCUUUCGGAAAAGUGUUUCGCUAAGUUCGUUUGGAGGUGAAGCUUGUGCUCAGAACAAACAACCGGAGAGGACAUAUUCAUGGGCGGGAGGAGAAGGUACAUAUAGCUCCCCUGUGGAUCUAACUUAUAGUGGUAUAAUAGCACGAUUUCCGAAUGAGAUUCUUGAACAAGUUCUUGCGGAAGAAAGAUCUGCUCGUGCUGCGUUAGCUCUUGAGCUGGAGAAAGAGAGAAACGCUGCUGCUACGGCUGCGGACGAGGCUUUGGGUAUGAUACUGCGUUUACAGGAGGAGAAGACGUCGGUGGAGAUGGAAGCUAGGCAGUAUCAGCGGAUGAUAGAAGAGAAAUCCGCUUUUGAUGCGGAAGAGAUGAGCAUUCUCAAAGAGAUUUUGCUGAGGAGGGAGAAGGAGAAACAUUUCUUGGAGAAGGAAGUUGACUCCUACAGGCAAAUGUUUCUUCAGACUGAGCAACCUCUUCUCAACACACCGCAACAGAUGGCUGAACCAUUGGAUGAAAUGGAGACUACGGAUGUCUCUCCUGGAUUUGAGAUCUUUACUAAUCAUAUGGAUAGUCGUGUUCUUGCGCUUGGAGAUGAUGAUAAUGCCGAUUCACAAAAACUGAGGGAGGUUGAGAAUACUGAGGAAAUGAAUGUGAAUGGAGUAGACCAGAAUCCAGGGCUUGAUCAGUCAGGAAGUGAGGGACUUCUAAUUGAUAUCAGUCAAGAUCGAGAGGAGUGCACUUCAUUUCCUGACAUUGAUUGCCAUGUAAUGACCGAUGAAGAUAACAAAGUGAAGCUGAAUGUUUCUUGUGACCAUCUCAGACUUGACAGAUCACAAAGUGUCUCAGAUACAGGUUAUAGACUCGGACCGGCGUUUUCACAAGGACAAAGAAACAUGUCUCCGACUAUGCGGAGAAACUCAAUGUCAGCUGUUGACUGUGAGAGACUGAAAAUAGAGAGUGAAGUUGGGUUGCUUAGAGGAAGGUUAAGAGCUGUACAAAAGGGAAGAGAGAAGCGUAGUUUCUCUUCCAAGGAACAGAGUAAGUCUCAAGUUCAGCGUUUUGGAGAUAAAACAAGCCGGUUUUGGCCUCUAGAGUCUUCAAGCCCUGCAUCAUCGACAAUGGUAAAAGCCAUGUCUAUUACUUUGGACUUGCAUAGCGCUUGAAGAACAAGGUAUGUAUUUACUCAUAACACGACACUAAUAUACACAACGAGCACUACAUUGUAGUUUGUACAAUGUCGUCCGCCAAAAAACUCAAAUGUUGGUUUUUGCUCUGGAUAAUAUGAGAUUUCUUGGGUUUUGUUUGUCAAAAGAUAUUGUAUAAACAGCGUCGUUUCGUACUAAAACAGUGUGACGCUUUUGUUGCGGUCUUUAAUUUAUAGAGAUGGUUAAGUUAAGUUUCGUACUAAAAAAGUUAAGUUUCUCUUUCCAUAUUAGUGACAUUUGUCCUUUUUCUAUUUCUGUGCUAACAUUAGAUUUCUCA